AUGACAGCCACCCUGAUUGCAAAACACAACUCGUCCUGCCCAUCCGACAACCAUGCAGACACCAUUGCGAGGACAACCCGGGAGCUGGAGGAGUUGACAAACGAGGAUCUUGAACACCUUUACAGACGUGCAGUCGCUUUUGUCAUGUGUGGCAAGUUUGAAGCAGCAAUGGAGGAUGCUAGCACCAUGCUCUCGCUAUCGCCUUCAUCAGCUUUGCCGUACUUAUGUAUGGGUUACGUGUAUGAACAACAAGGACGCUAUGGUGCAGCUAUUCAAGCGUAUGAUGAGGGACUCCAAGCAGUUUCAUCUGCCCAACCUGAUUACCAGCAGCAGCUAUCCAAAGCACGAUCCACAGCACAAUCUCAUAACGACACACGCGUCGAUUUCAUAAAACGCCUUCCAACUCAUGAUGUGAUCAAAAAGAUAAUGGAUCAUACACUACCACUAAUACUACCCAAGGAGACGACAAUCCAAACGCACCAGUUGUACGAGUACAUGAACGUGUCACAUGUAUGGAGAGAGCGGAUCAUGCAAUGUCUUCCUGAAGAUUUACAUCUUGAACUCGAGCAUCAUGAUGAACUUGCAAAGAUGGAUUAUCUACUUGAACAUGCAGCAUCACGCGUCAUCGCAUUGACUGUCAAUUGUUCCGUUACCCAUCCUCAAUCGCUAUUACCAAGCAUCAGCCAUUUCUCAUCACUUCGCUCAUUGUGCAUUAAAAAGAUGGCUCACGAUGCACCACGCUCUAUGUUGGCUUUGCUAUCCCCGAUGGCAUCGACGUUGGAACAUUUGGAUGUGCGUAGUAGUGACGAUCAUGAUCAUUUCUCGCUUGGUGAUAUUCUCAGCACCUUUCCACAGCUUACGUGGUUACGUUGUCAUGGCAACAUGGGGGAUAUGGCUACAACAGCGCCUACUCAUUGCCCCAAGCUCAAGACGCUUCUUUUCUCAAUGUCCAACCAUACCCUUCAAUACGAGCACAUUAUGGACCUCACAACACGAUUCCCGGAACUGAGGCAGUUGGCUAUUCAUCCUUGCAAAGAUACACGUGCUUUGACAAGCAUUCCCGAGCAUUGUCCCCGUCUCAAGAUACUUUAUUACAACAGCGUCAACCACGUGAGCAGCAUUUCGAACCUUGGAUUGGAAUCAUAUCAGCAAAAGGAUGGUAUUGAAGCACUACACCUUGGAAGCAAAUCAAAGGAACCAAUACUUGUGGAUAUAGAGGACCUUGUUUCCUUCCUGAAAUGCCAUCAUCACAGCCUCCAACACCUGGAUUUACGCUACAUGUUGACCGAUGCAUCCAUUAUCAGCUUUGGCAGCUUGGUGCAUGAUGAUGAUGAUGAUGAUGAUGACGAGGGAACGUUGUUCGAGUCAUUAAGGAGUUAUUCGCAGACGGUGUACAGCAAUGAGGAUUUACUAUUAUCGAGAUGGCUUAUCAAACGAUCACCCCAUUUGAAAAAGGUUGAGCUACAAGAGGAUGAGGAUGAUACAACUUCAAAGUACGAUCUGGGACCUCUAUUCGAUGAUUUGGCAUGCCUUGAUGAAUUGGAGGAUCUCCAAGUGGAUAUUGGAUGUGAAAAGAUCGGCAAUAGUACUUCUCGUUUUCUGGAACAUCACAGCAAAAUCGAUUCUCUCUUGCAUACAUUGGUGUUUCCUAAGAAUUUCCAUGUCCGUGGCGAGAUGGCAGACCUGCUAGGAUCCUUACGACGAUUAGAGCGCUUGUCGAUCCAAAUGUACGACGCGAGUAAUCUGAAUGGCAUUCAAGAAGGGUGUCCACAGCUGAGGCAUCUUACCAUAUACUCUGUUUUCGACCUUAUUGGUUUCAAGAUGGCUUUGAGCCUAGCCUCCAUGACCAACCUAGAAACACUCUGCAUUCGAGCGAAAAAAUUUGAGUAUGGGCUUAUGCUUUGUCUUAAGGGGUUGCAUCAACUACAAGAAUUGACCAUUUGCCGAGAACAUGAGGAAGGAGAUAUUGAAGACUGUGUGGAUCCACCGGCGUAUUUUGAUAUGUUACCCUUCACAGUACGGAUUUUAGAGUAUUGA